AUGUCGACAAUAGCUCUCGAGACGCCGCUGGCAGAAGCGCUGAGUAGUGCUGUCCACUCAAAGAUAGUCGAAGAAGGAUGGACGCAAGAGGAUGACACUUCAUUAGCCGAGUACAUUGUGCUCAUGCUUGCGAAUGGAAAGACUCAGGACCAAAUCGCAUCAGAGCUUGCAGGUGAAUUAUUACAAGAUGCCAAAGGAACCACGGAGUUUGCACAGUGGCUGUUCGAUCAGGUCAAUAUUCUUUCCAGUGGAGCGACCGGCGCCGUUCCCGCAGAAACUUUACAAUUGUCAGCGCAGGGUAGCCAAGCGGCCGCGCCAGAGUCGGCAUCUUCAGAAUCGGCUCAAAAUGGAAAUUCUUCGAUUCCUGCCGCAUACGAAAUGGACAUGGCUGAUAACGCGCCAGAAAAUGCACCUCGAGGGCCUAAAGGUCUCCAUGGAGGCCGACCAGCCGGCAGAGGCGGACGCGGAGGCGCGAACAACAAAUCUGGCGACUCCGUCUUACAUCGAGUCCGAGGGAACGAUCGGAUAAGCACACAUUCGAGUGUGCGAGGAGUACCCAAGGGACCACGGAACAUACAGAAUCGUGAUGUCCGCCCGGGCCUGCAAAAGGCUCUGAAUGGUAUGGGGAUGUCUGGUCCUGCGCAAGGAAUGCAGAAUCCGAUGAUGAUGAACGGUGCCCAGCCGGCUCAAGGAAUGAUGCAGAUGACUCCUCAGCAACAAAUGGAGUUUAUGGCUAUGAUGGAACAACAAACCCGCAUGCUUGCGCAAUUUACCGGUAUGAUGCCAAGUGGUGCCAGUGGUGCCAGUGGUUUCGCACAAGCCGGAAACCAACAACAAAAUGGCCAGGGUCGAUCAUUGUUUGAUAGGGUCGAACCUGGGCGUGGUCGUGGAGGAGCUCGAGGCCGAGGUCGAGGCGGCAAUAACCAAAAUGGACACACCAAAUCUCCCGUGAAACCAGGCGACAACGAUACUUCGAUGGAAGGCGACGGGCAAGUGACCACUACCGACGGGCCUUCAAUGGAUGUGGAACCAACGGCCGAGACAAAGACCAACGAUCCAUCGAGAACAAUGUGCCACUUCAACCUACGCUGCACCAACAAGGACUGCCCCUAUGUUCACCAGUCGCCCGCUGCUCCUGAAGGGACCGUGGUUGACAUGUCUGACACAUGUUCGUUUGGGGUGGCUUGCAAGAAUCCAAAGUGCGUUGGAAAACAUCCCUCACCCGCCCAAGUCAAGGCAUUCCAGGCACAAGAGCUCUGCAAGUACUUCCCCAACUGUACCAAACCGAAUUGUCCUUUCAAACAUCCAAACAUGCCCGUUUGCCGGUUUGGGGCCAACUGCAAAACGCCCAAUUGCCAAUUUACACAUUUGCAAAUUCCAUGCCGCUUCAACCCUUGUACGAACAUGCGAUGUCCCUACAAGCAUGAGCCAGGCCAACAGAAAUUAGCCAGCUUUGCGGAUUACUCUUGGACUCCCGACAAGCAGACCGAGCAGGACGCCGCGAAGGGACAUGUCAGUGACAGGAAAUUUGUGGACGAGCAAGCUGGUGAGGAGGAACUUAUCAAACCCGAAGGAACGAGCACCGAAACCAAUGGCAAUAUGGGUAUGAGAGAAGAAGUGAUUACUUAA